GCAAUGACGCAGCUAGUGAGGUUAUAACCGAGGCGCGUCAAUUGCUGGUUGAAAACUAUUUCCAAACCCCCUCUUUGGCCGGGGUUUGACCCUGCGCCAUCGAGAAUUUCUGGAAGGGCUCCCUCUAACCCAGGGUAAAGCCCUACAAUCCUCAAUUCUAAAUUACUUCCAAGGAGUGCAGUCUCUCUGUAGCUUCAUUGAUUGUGCUGCAGAGACGGUUUUCUUGGUCUAAGCUAGAGUUUCGUCUGCCGGUGGUAUUGCUGUGGGCUAAAACGGUGGUGGGUCUUCUUCAUAGGAGGCCUGAUUUCGCCGAAUUCCGACGUUGUUUAUGUUACAGAACACGUCAGAUUUACUCCAUUGUUUCUGAAGGUUAAGGUAUUGUUUAGGCGUUUUGGACGGAGUAGGAGGCGCCGGUGCCCCCGUCACAAUGCGGUGGUCAGGUGAUGGAAGGGAAGCGAAGCGUGUUCCCUGUCUUGUUUGAUUCAGGCGACCCGUCAACCAUUUACUUUCCAAAGUUCCGAUCUCAUUAUAUGGUAAUGUGCAUUCAUCUCUCUUGACGGAGCGAGGGCGAAGCGUCGGGUCUUACGUCGAACCGGCGCAGCUUUGGUCACCUCCCCCGCGAGAGCCUCGCAUCUCUCAUUUCGAAGCCCCAGAAAUCGUCACUCGUGUCUUCUUCUUGCUUCUUGCGCUCGUACCUUCGUCUCCGCCUCUUCUCGCUCCUCAGGAGGAGUGGACUGACGACGGCUGCUGUCCAUCCUUUCGCGCCUCACCGGUCUGCGCGCCCGCAUGUGCCAUAUGCCGCCCUGCGUCAGCGGCCAAUUCUGUUUCGAUAUUAUGUUUGCAUCGUUGAAGUAGCUGCAGAGCCGAUAUCAGUGGCCGCCCUUCACAGUCAUCCAUGAGCGCCGUCAGCGAUCGAUUCUUUUGAGGUCAAUGUCAUCGAACGCGAAUGCUGAAGAAGCUGUAAUGCCGAGAUCAGUGGCCGUCACCGUCGCCCAUGAACUCCUUACAGCUGGACAUCGUUACCUUGAUGUCAGGACUGUGAAGGAGUUCAGUGGUGGGCAUGCUGUUGGAGCUGUAAACAUUCCUUACAUGUUGGAGUCUGUCUCUGUUGAAAGCUUGGGAUUCUUCUCCACUUUGAACCAUAAAAGCACUUGUUAGAAGUGCCACUUCCAACAGAGUAGGAAGUGUGUUCGAGGAUUUAUUGUAGUAGCAUGAUGGACAUAAUCAUUGGUUGUUUAAGCAGAAAACGGUCACUGGUGGCUGCAUCAGAGCUUUCAAAUGCUGGUUUUACUGGCAUCACAGAUGUUGCAGGUGGUUUUUCAGCAUGGGUGGAGAAUGGACUUCCGACAGAGCAGAAAUAGCCUGUUAGACAAUCCACAUGCUUUCUUUAGAAAUUUGGAUGGCAUAAGACCUCCUGCAGCAAGUCGAGGAGGAGGCGUUGAUCUCUGGAGCUGCAGCUUUCACUUUGGCUGAUAACCAGUAAAGCUUCCUACAAUAACCAUGAGGAUAGAUGAGGUUACAUUUGGAGAAGAAGAAGAAGAAACUAAGCAGUUGUAGCAGCAACUCGCUCGAGUGGAAGAAAGCUGAAGGGAUGAAAGAGUACUAAGAUAUUGGCACGGCUCAAUCAGAGAACAAAGCAUGAGGACUUUGCAUUGCCUGAGUAGUGCAUGCACUCUGAGUGAGCCGGGCCGACAUCAUAGUAACUAUCUCAAGGUGAUGUUAUCCUCAUCCAUUGUUACUGCACAAGCAUGCCUUCUCUUCUGUCCCUACAGGGAGAGCUGGAAGAAGAAAAAGGAGGAAGUUUCUCUUCUCUGCAGAGAAGAUGGAAGCUUGAGACAUGGAGAGCAUGCAGAGGAAGAGAGAGAGAAGGAGAGGGGGGCGAGAGGUGGUGGAGGAAAGGACUCAUGCGCCGGAAUUUAAGGAGGUUGAAGGGGUGGGGGUGGCAUUUAAGUCUCCCGACAACCCGAGGAGGAAGACAGGCUGCAGCAUUAAUAGUAAACCUCUCUCUCUCUCUCUAAUAUAUGCAUCCAAAUGGUACAUGAAGUUCUCACUUCAACAGCUUUUGAGAUUUAGCUUCUUCAGAAACCAAGUGCUGCCGUCUGAUCAGCGAAGGCCACUACAAAUACAAAUAUUAUGGUGAAAAUGAGAGACGAAGAGCAUGUAAUGAUGUUGAUGCUACUGAAUGAUGAAAUUAAAAUUGAUGCCAUUACCUCGUGCAUUAAUUACUUCGAAUUUAUACGAAUGCACGUAUAGUUCAUUAGCUUUAUUUAACCUGCUAAAACAUCUUAACAUGUUGGAAUGUGGUGCAGUCGACAUACAAGUCAUAGCUCUGACAUAUGUGGCAAUGAAG